GGUAACAUUGUUGUGGAAUGACGUCACAGCUGGAAAAUGAAGGCGCAGAGGCAGCCAUGACUACAAGCUCUGUAAUUAUUUAAUCCAAAUAAAUACUCGCGGAAAACUUCCAUGGCAAGAGCCACAAGUCAAAUUUAUGAUGUUGCACCCCUCCACUCCUCUGUUGUUCACUGCCCCUGUCCAUUCAUGGUAAGAGGUCAGCAGGACACGCCACGUCUCCCAGGCAACAGCAUGGAGGGUCCAGUUGCACCUCCCCAGCCCGCCCAACCGAAGAAGAAGAAGUCUGAGGAUUUUAAAUUUGGCAAAAUCUUGGGAGAGGGCUCCUUCUCUACUGUUGUCCUUGCGAAGGAACAUACAACAGCGAAGGAAUAUGCCAUUAAAAUCCUGGAAAAGCGUCACAUCAUGAAAGAGAAGAAGGCCCAGUAUGUGAAGAGGGAGAGAGACGUAAUGUCAAGCCUCGAUCAUCCCUUCUUCGUCAAACUCUAUUUCACUUUUCAGGACGAAGAGAAACUCUACUUUGGCCUGAGUUAUGCUAAAAAUGGGGAGUUACUGAAAUACAUCCGUAAGAUCGGCUCAUUUGAUGAGACGUGCACAAGAUUCUAUUCAGCUGAGAUUGUGUCUGCGCUGGAGUACCUACAUGAGAAAGGAAUAAUACACAGAGACCUCAAGCCUGAGAAUAUUCUGCUCAGUGAGGAGAUGCACAUUCAGAUCACCGACUUUGGCACAGCAAAGCAGCUCUCCUCAGACUGCAAGCAGGCAAGGGCAAACUCUUUUGUUGGAACAGCUCAAUAUGUGUCCCCAGAGCUUCUGACUGAGAAAUCUGCCUGUAAAAGCUCUGAUCUUUGGGCACUGGGCUGCAUCAUUUACCAGCUCGUUGCUGGGUUACCACCAUUCAGAGCUGGAAAUGAGUACCUAAUAUUCCAGAAGAUUAUUAAAUUGGAGUAUGAAUUCCCUGAGAAAUUCUUCCCCAAAGCCAAGGAUUUGGUAGAACGACUCCUGUCCUUGGAUCCUGCAAAGAGAAUUGGUUGUGAGGAAAUGGGUGGGUACGAACCUAUUAGGUCUCACCCCUUCUUCGAGUCAGUUUCUUGGCGAGACUUACACCUUCAGACCCCACCCAAACUCAACGCUUACUUGCCUGCUAUGUCCGAAGAUGACGAGGACUGCUACGGCAACUACGAUGACCUCCUCAGCCAAUUCAGCAAUAUGCAGGUGACUCCGGCAGUAGAGGGCUCUUCCCCGGCCCCCCCUGCUCCCGGCCCUAGUCCCGCUCCCAUCUACAACCCGACCCUAUCUGUGGAUCAGUUCAUUCACGACCUGGACAGCAACAGCAUGGAGCUGGACCUGCAGUUUUCUGACGAGGAAAAGCGCUUGCUGCUUGACAAACAGUGUGCCGCCAACCCAUGGCACCAGUUUGUAGAGAACAAUCUUAUUUUGAAGAUGGGCCCCGUAGACAAACGCAAGGGCCUUUUUGCACGGCGAAGGCAACUACUCCUAACUGAGGGUCCUCAUCUGUACUAUGUGGAUCCGGUCAACAAGGUUCUAAAGGGGGAGAUUCCCUGGUCUCCAGAGCUUCGGCCAGAAGCCAAGAACUUCAAAACGUUCUUUGUUCAUACGCCUAACCGGACAUACUAUCUGAUGGACCCCAGCGGAAAUGCUGACAGAUGGUGCAAGAAGAUCCAGGAAGUCUGGAGGAAGAUCUACCAUAAGCACCAGAACCCUGGCCUAUAGGAGUGCAGAUCCUCCUUGGCCACACCUCCCUGCAUCCCUCUCGGCCAAUUACAGAACAGAGACGGUCCCAAAACUGCACCUUCAACUAGUGCAGUUUCUAGAGUAGACUCCAUCUCCUCAUUUUCAUUGUUGCUCUCUUCCUUCUAUCCUCUACCCUUAGUCCCCUCUCUCACAGUGCAUCAGAAUACUCUGGAAUACUUUUUUUUCCUUUUUUCUUUCUUUGUGAUCCCAUUCUUGCUUUCCUGUAUGCCGAGUAAUUUUUUUUAGUGCACAGGUCCGAUCUAAGGUAGUGUGGCAUUUGGAAGUUAGGGUAGUGUGGCAUUGAGUCGGUAGUCUUGAUGUUUCUCCAUUUUCCUAGAGUUUCACACUUACCGACCCAGCCAGAUGAGAUGACUUAUAAAGUAGAAGUAAUUAUGAAAUAUGAACUCUCAUCCUUAUGUCAUCACAUUUUCUGGAUUGUUCCUCUGCCCUCUCAUUUUCCCAUACCUGUGUGUAACUUCUGUCAUUAACUUCAGCCUCCUCCAAGAACACAAAAGCCCCACCCUCAGCUCUGAUCUGAUUGGUCACCAUUAGAAUAAGGCGGGUCCUUUCCCUUCAUUGGCCACCAUUGAUGGUCUUACUGAUAUGAUUGGAUGAGUGUUUAGAAUGUUUUCUGGUCUUCAUUUUGUCCCUUCCUCCAAACAGCCUCAUCCUGAACAAAACCCACCCCAGGAGCAAAACCUAACUGUAACACCCAUGCGUCCCAAUCAUCCAAUCACC